AUGCGUGAAAACCAACAUGACUGUCGUUACGUUGCUGUCUUCCUGAACAUCUUUUCCAUAAUUAAGAAAAGACUUUCCAUGAGCUGGCGGUACGCUUACCUGAGAACCGCCGAUGAGCGAUCUCUUCUGCGCGAAACAAAUAGAUUACCUUACGGCUACCUAAGGGCUUUCUUUCGGUUCAAGUAUCGAGACGAUGUCGAUGCAGCUGCUCGCGCGAUUGCACAUAAGAGCCAGAGCUCAUUUACCAAGCUCAAAAGAUUGAGACGCGAAUACAGAAGACUUAGAGCGGCAAAUGAUGGUGACCCCGAUUCAUUCGUUCGUUUGCUCGAAUAUGCAUACGGUCGAACCGGCAAACUCAGAAGGGAGCUUUUGGAACCCUUCCUGCACGAUGCAACGGCCGAACCGCCGCCGCCUAUUAUUCCCAAUGUUGAAAGCUCGCGUCCUCCGAUUUACACACGAGAAAUGAAAGCACUCAUGACCUCCAACCUGUCCCGGAUAAAUAAGAAAGGGCUCAAACCCCAACUCCUCAACGUACCACCUUCUCUUCCGCGUCGUUUAGAUCCGAAUUCCGAGGAGGCGCGUCUUCUGGGUCCAUUGAGCAAACGUCGCGAAGUGAACGCGCGCUGGCGCUUUUUCACCGAAGAAUCUAAAAGGGUAAUGCCUCCACUUCAAGUGUCCGUCGUAGAUUUAGACAGAGAAUCCGGCACUGUCACCGCUGUGCCGCCUUCUGAAGCAACCGACAAAAUGCAGCACCUCGGUCUUAUUAGGGGUCAAUUGCAAGGGACCGGCUUGCUAGAAUCAUUAGAGAGCAUGGUGAAUAGCCGCAAGGAACCAGCAGAUGCCACUCAGAAGCAAAAGGAUCUUGAGCAGUCUGAUGUAGAUGGUCAGGUGGUUGGCCAGUCCGCUCCUGUGCUUCCGACGAAGUUUCUUCGGAGGGCGCAUCAACGAUUACUUGGAAAAGUUCCGGUAUUGACGUUUUGUCGCAAGACGUCCACUUCAAAAGGCAAAGUACUUGAAGGCGGAUCCUAUGACAUAACCCUACCGAAACAGGCCAAUUCGCCAAACUUGAUUCGUUCGACCUCUACACUGCCUUUGGUUGACGAAGUGAAUAUCGCGUGGAUACGCAAAGCCGAGGAGAUGGACAAACAAAGAUCAGUUAAGAAAGCCACUUAA